CCACCAUGAACUCCUGGGCUGUCCUGCUCCUCUCCUCGUUGCUCCUGGGCACACCAGGGAUGGCCUUCUCUGGUCUGAGCCCUGAGCCCCAUGACCCGGCGAUGGCCCACCUGUGUGACGGAGACCAGUUCUGCCAGGGCCUGGCUCCGGAAGACCCCCAGGGUGACCUGCUGCCCAGAGGAGAGGAGCUGGGCCUCUUCUGUCCUUCCUGUCGGAAGAUAAUCAAGAAGCUGGAGGACAUGGUGGGAGAGCAACCCAGCGAGGACACCAUCUCCCAAGCGGCCUCCCAGGUGUGUAGCCAGAUGAAGGUGCUGAGAGGCUUGUGCAAGAAGAUCAUGAGGACCUUUCUCCGUCGCAUCUCCUUGGACAUCAUGUCUGGGAAACAACCCCAGGCCAUCUGUGUGGACAUCAAGAUGUGCAAACCCGAGGCAGGUCUCAUCUGAGCCCCUGGGUCCCCCGACCCCACCCUGGGGAAGAAGCACAGAAACUCCAGCAACCUCGGUCGGCCCCUUCCUUCCUAAAUCCCGGGUCUACCCUCCAGUUUCUCUCACCUAACUCCUCCAGUGCCUUCCCCUCUCAGGAGAAUAAAAUGUCAUGCAAGA